UGUACCUGCAACCUGUUGCAGUUCCGCUAGGGACGAUUGCGAGUAAGCGCAAAAACAAUGGGGGUCGAUGGGGCUGGACAGAAAAAUUAGACUGUUUCACCUGAUCGUCAUUGAAAAAUCGAAGAUUGGAUUUUAGUUUCUGCAAGCUCAAUAUGGAUUAUAGGUCGAAAGUUGAAUGAAAAAGUAAUCAUGGCCCUUUGGUUUCCUACAGGCUGUGUCGUUGUUGCCAUAACAUACUAGCAGUCUGCUAAUGAAUUUGUCAUUGACACGUUUGAAAGGCUUUUUAAAACAAUUAAGUGACUUAAAAAAUUUAAUACUCUGCCGUGUGCAUUUUCUCGAUCCCCCUUUCAAAUGCCAAAAUAUUUCCAGAGAAAAGUGGAUUUUAGGGGUACAACUCCAUUAACCUCCAUUCAUUCUGCACUUACUCGUGAGCGCCAUCAAGUGGAAGCAGAAGAGUAACUGUAACAGUUCAGAAACUGGAAAUUUACCCGAGAGUGGAGGUUCUCCCUUUAUUAGACAUUCUCUGGUUAUAUUUAGAGGUACACGUCUGGCUCACACUUGUGUUCUAACCAUUCACUUAAUUAACUGAUUGUAUUUGGCACACAUUUUAAUACCGGUGGAUCAGCUAAUUAGUGGAAUCACCUGUACUGUUCUACUUCAUACUUUGACACCUCUGUCUGCACCCUGCUGCUCUGGGGUCAGUUUCUAGUCUCUGGCAGCUGCACUUCACACACACAACUGGAACUUUCAACUGAUCUCCACUUGGUGGCAGCAGAGAUCAGGGAACUGGUCUGACAACUACUGCCAGCCAAUCAGAAUCCUUUCUUACCAUAGUCCCUCCCUCUGGCUGGCUCAUGUCGGAGCAGGAAGUGAACUUGAGCGAGACGUUGACUUUUUCCCUUCACUUGACACCCUUGUUUGGAUUGAGGAGAGACUUUUCGGUAAAGACACAAAUGGCUUCUAAACAAGAGGAUCUCACCUGUCCUGUGUGCUGUGACAUCUUCAAGGAUCCUGUCUUGUUGACCUGUGAUCACAAUAUCUGUAAACACUGUCUACAGCAGAUCUGGGAGAGCAAAGGUUACAGAGAAUGUCCCUACUGCAGCAGAAAGUGCUCAAAGGACUUGUAUCCUCUUAACAAGGCAUUGAGGAACCUGUGUGAGACCUUCUUACAGGGGAGUCAGAGAGCUUCAGCAGGGUCUGAGGUGCUCUGCAGUCUGCACAGUGAGCAACUCAAGCUCUUCUGUCUGGAUGAUAAACAGUCUGUGUGUUUGGUAUGUAGAGACUCCAAAACCCACACAGGCCAUAGAUUCCACCCUAUAGAUGAAGCAGUACUUGACUGUAAGGAGGAGCACACGAUCAGACUGCAGCUCUUACAGGAGAAGCUGAAGACUUUCGAGGAGGCUAAAGUGACAUGUGAUAAAACAGCAACACACAUCAAGACUCAGGCCCAUCACACAGAGAAGGAGAUCAAGAUGGAGUUUGAGAAGCUUCACCAGUUUCUAAAAGAUGAAGAGGCUGCCAGGAUAGCUGCACUGAGGGAGGAAGAGGAGCAGAAGAGUCAGAUGAUGAAGGAGAAGAUUGAGAAGAUGAGCAGAGAGAUCUCAUCCCUUGAAGACACAAUCAGAGCCAUAGAGGAGGAGAUGGGAGUUGAUAAUAUCACGUUACUGCAGAAUUACAAGAGCACAGUGGAAAGAGCCCAGUGCACACCGCAGGAUCCAGAGAGGGUUUCAGGAGCUCUGAUCAAUGUGGCAAAGCACCUGGGCAACCUGAAGUUCAGAGUUUGGGAGAAGAUGCAGGAGAUUGUUCAAUACACUCCUGUCACUCUGGAUCCCAACACUGCAAAGCCAAAUCUCAUCCUGUCUGAGGAUCUGACCAGUGUGAUAUGGGAUGAUGAGAGACAGCAGCUUCCUGAUAACCCAGAGAGGUUUGAUCACUUUGCCAGUGUCCUGGGCUCUGAGGGCUUUAACUCAGGGACUCACUGCUGGGAUGUGGAGGUUGGAGAGAACACAUUGUGGCAUGUGGGUGUGAUGGCAGAGUCUCUCCAGAGGAAGGGAGACUGCACCUCCGUGAGUGGAUGGUGGUGUGUUGGGUGUAAUGGUGAUGUACUUGGAGUAUGUUCUACACCACAGCAAUACACUGUCCUCACAGCGCAGCAGAAACUCCAGAGAAUCAGAGUGCAGUUGGACUGGGACAGAGGAGAGCUGUCAUUCUCUGACCCUGAUAACAACACACACCUACACACAAUCACACACACUUUCACUGAGAAAGUGUUUCCGUACUUUAAUGGCUGUCGGAUGUCUCCUCUUAGGAUCUUACCAGUGAAGGUUUCAGUAACAGUAGAGCAGCCCAGUCACACAGCAAAAAAUAGUUAUUUAAGUAUUAUUAAUUUUCUGUUGAGAUAA